AUGUCUGCCCAGCAUAUAGACUUAACACUCUUUAACCAGCUGCCCACCAAACUGCAAGAGAUCGACUUUCUUAUAGUAGGAACUGCUGCCCCAUUCAUUUGGUUAAAACUACUCCAGAAUUUGUGGCAACUGGGCUACCCCAAUAUUUUGCUUUACCACAGAGCGCCAGGGCCAGAGCAGGGCCUAUUCUAUACCAGCAGCAACUUUCCAAAUCUGAAAUUAACCUCAAGCAAUGUAACGCAUUUCCUGCGAUCGCGUCUGCAUUGGUUCGACAAUUUGCUGGGCUGGGAGGUGCGCGUGGCGCUCUAUAACAAUCCCCCACGCACUUUGGUUUAUCCCACAGAGCAGCUCUACGAUGGUUACGCCCUGAUGCUGCUGAGGCAGUUUUUAAGCUAUAGAAACGCCACCUUCAGGCCUGUGCUCACGCCGGACUACAAAGUCUAUGCGGCCAAUGACUGUUUGCGCUUCUUGGACACAAGUCAAGCAGACAUCUGCGGCGAUCUGCUGGCCUAUAGCAGCAACUACAGCUUCACCGCCAGCUAUAGCUACUUGUAUGGCAACAUACUCAUACCCAAUGGCCAGCCCAGAUCGAAGAACUCUUACAUUAUAGCCCCUCUGCAGCUGCAGACAUGGCUGCUUAUACUCGCCUAUAUCGGCAUAAUAUGCAGCUUUGCUAGCUUCGUUAGCUGGUGGCAAACUGGGCGCCUUGCCUAUGGCAAGUUGCUGCUGGACAUCAUCAGCAGUCUCUUGAGCGCCAGCUUUAAUCUGUCCCAGCUCUCGGGCAGACUGCACUGCAUUCUGUUCAGCACUAUCUUUCUCACAGGCUUCAUAUUCUCCAACUAUUACUUGGCCCUGCUGAAAACCGUGCUCUCCACCGGGCUCUAUGAGCCCCAGAUCAACAGCUUCGAGCAGCUGGUCAAGCAGAACAUUAGCUUCGUUGUGGGCGACUACGACAAGACCGUGCUGAAGACCUACGACUUUCCGGAUAUACUCUGGAAUAUAACGCGCGUAGUGCCCUACGAUUUCAUACUGGAACACCGUCGCGUCUUUGACAUUAACUACGCCUACUUGGCCCACAGCGAUCGCCUGGCGUUGUUCAAGUUUCAGCAGCAAUAUAUGAUCAAGCCGCGCAUGCGUCCCUUGCCCAUCGAUCUGAUGCACUCCCUGCCCGGCUUUCCCAUGCGACGGGAGUUUCUGCUCAAGCAGAAGCUCAGCGAAACGCUGCUCAACUGCUUCGGGAGCGGCUUGAUGCAGAAGCUCGCCGAUGACACCAACAUGCAGACCAUACACAUUGGCUAUUUACCGCUCAUCCCUUCGGAGCCCUACGAGGCCAGACCGCUUAAGUUGGACUACUUUGCAGUGCCGCUAAUAACACUUAUCUUGGGCUUGGCCAUCGGCUCAGUAUGUCUCAUAGCAGAGCUCGUCUGGCAUUUUAUUCAACAAGUCAAGUGGAAACGUGGCUAA